AUGAGGAAUUUAACAAUCUUUCUGAUUCUUGGAGGCUUCUUCUCAGCUGUAUAUUCAAAAACUAGUGAUGAUAUCAUAAAUAUAGGUUCCAUUUUUACAUUGAAAACCAUCCAUGGAAGAGUCUGCACCAUUGCCAUGAAGGCUGCUGUAGAUGAUGUCAAUUCUCAUCCCACAAUUCUACCAGGAAGACACUUGAAUCUUUCCAUUUAUGAUGCAAAUUUUAGCGGUUUUCUCUGCAUUAUGGGUGCAUUGAAGUACAUGGAGAUCGAUACUGUAGCUAUUAUAGGGCCACCAAGUUCCGAGAGGGCUCACGUGCUUUCAAAUCUUGUAAACGAACUCCAUGUCCCAUUGUUAUCAUUCACUGCUUUAGACCCCACGCUUUCGCCACUCCAGUACCCCUACUUUCUCCAAACAGCCCCCAAUGAUCUUUAUCAGACAACUGCUGUUGCUGCUAUACUAUCCUAUUUUCAUUACUCACAAGUAACCGCAAUCUUCACUGAUGAUGACCAGUUUCGUAACAGUAUAAACGUGUUAUCUAAACAACUUGCAAACAAGCGUUGCAGGCUCUCCGGUAAAGCACCACUUCCACCUGAUCAGGCCCAAGUAAAUACAGAUGUUAUCACAGAUGUAUUGCAUAAGGUGAUGUCAAUGGAAUCUCGUGUCAUUCUUGUACACACUUACUCCGUCACUGGUCUUAAGAUCUUUGAGAUUGCAAACAGCCUUCAAAUGAUGAAAAAUGGGUAUGUAUGGAUUGCAACCACUUGGCUAUCAACUGUUCUAGAUUCUACUGGCAUUCCUCCAAAGACUGCCGCCUCUGUGCAUGGUGUUCUUACUCUUCGUCCUCAUAUACCAGAUUCAUACAGAAAAAGAGCUUUCGAAAGACGGUGGAAGAAGAAUCUAAGUAAAGGCUCUAUUGGACUGAAUUCCUAUGGUUUAUAUGCUUAUGAUACCGUCUGGAUAAUUGCAUAUGCAAUUGACAGGUUUUUAAAAGAAGGUGGCGAAAUUUCCUUCUCUAAAGAUUUGAGCUUCAAUGAUUUGAUGGUAACCACCAGCCUGAAUCUUAAAGAUCGAAGCAUUUUUAAUGGGGGAAAGCAGUUGCUUAGCAACAUACUAGAGACAAAUAAGACCGGUUUGACAGGUCCCCUUUUGUUCAAUCCAGACAGAUCCUUGAGAAACCCUUCUUUCGAUGUGAUCAACAUAUUAGGAACACAAGGCCAACUAGUUGGAUACUGGUCUAACCAUUCUGGACUAUCGGUUGAGACCCCAGAGAGUUGUUUUGAAGUAAAACCAUGUAACCAACAGUUGGGAAGUAUAGUAUGGCCUGGGAACAUGAAAGAUAAACCGCGUGGAUGGGAAUUUUCGAACAAUGGGAGACCCUUGAGGAUUGGAGUUCCAUUAAGAGUUAGUUUUAAAGAAAUGGUUAUGCAAAUCAAUGGUUCAAAAAAGGUUGGUGGUUUUAGCAUAGAUGUCUUUCUUGCUGCCAUAAAGUUGCUUCAGUAUCCGGUUCCUUAUGAGUUCAUCAUGUUUGGGGAUGGUCAGAAGAACCCGAGCUACUCUCAGCUUGUAAACCAGAUUGCAUCUAAUGUGUUUGAUGCUGUUGUUGGUGAUAUUUCAAUUGUAAGUAACCGUACAAAGACUGUUGAUUUCACACAUCCUUAUAUGGAGUCAGGGCUGGUUGUAGUUGUCCAUAUUCGUAAACCAGACUCCAGUUCGUGGGCGUACUUGCAACCAUUUAGUCCGCCGUUGUGGGUUGUCACUGCUUUUCUCUUCCUGUGUGUUGGGGUAGUCGUAUGGUUAUUGGAACACCGACACAAUGACGAAUUUAGAGGACCACCCAAGAGACAAUUUGUCACUGUAUUAUGGUUUACCUUCUCGACUAUGUUUUUUGCUCACAGAGAAAACACCGUGAGCACCCUAGGUCGUGUGGUUCUCUUCAUCUGGCUUUUUGUGGUUCUAAUUAUCAACUCGAGCUACACAGCGAGCCUGACUUCAAUUCUAAUGGUGCAACAACUACAAUCUCCCAUCAAUGGAAUAGAAUCUUUGAUUGCUAGCAAUGAGAUUAUUGGAUUUCAGGUGGGAUCAUUUGCUGAGAAUUAUUUGAUGAAAGAAAUGAACAUCCCAAGAUCAAGACUUGUUGGUCUUGGGUCCCCAGAAGAAUUUGCUGAGAAACUGGUAGCAGGAACAGUUGCUGCCAUUGUUGAUGAAAGACCAUAUGUGGAUCUUUUUCUUUCAAACCACUGCAACUUCCAGAUUGUUGGCCAAAAGUUCACAAAAAAUGGGCUGGGAUUUGCAUUUCCGAGGGAUUCUCCAUUGGCGGUUGAUAUGUCGAAUGCCAUACUAAUAUUAGCUGAAAAUGGGGAGCUUGGAAGGAUUCACGACGAUUGGCUGAAGAAAGAAGGUGGUUGUGGUGCGAAGAGGUUGUCGUUGGUAUCGGACCAUCUUGAACUAGAAAGCUUUUGGGGACUGUUGGUGAUAUUUGGAGCAGUCUGUGUUGUUGCAGUGUUUAUACACUUUGGCGUAACACUUAACAGAUUCAGAAAAGAAUCUUAUGAUUCCAAAAAGCCAAGGCAAAGAGGGUACCGGAGGUUUCUGUCAUUUUCAGAUAGAAAACAAGAAGUCGUGUCCACAAACAAGUUAAAAGAGAGAGAAUAG